AUGAGUUGUUUAGCUUGGAAUUGUCGGGGAUUGGGGGCAUCUCGGGCAAUUCAUGUUUUAUCUCAAUUAGUUAAAUGUAGAGCUGGGGGUCUUGCUUUGCUUUGGCAAGAUCCGUCUUUGAUUAAUAUUGUUUCGUUUUCUUCAUCUCAUAUUGAUGCUAAUGUUCGUAGCUCCACAAAUAGAGAAUGGCGGUUAACAGGUUUCUAUGGUCGUCCAGAAACAAGUAGGCGACAUGAAUCCUGGGAUUUACUUAGACAACUUUCAGAACAAUCUACAUUACCAUGGAUGUGUGUGGGUGACUUUAAUGAAAUACUCACCAAUGAUGAGAAGAUUGGAGGACCACCGCGGUCUCAGCGGCAAAUGGAGAUGUUUCGGGCUACAGUUGAAUUUUGUGAAUUUAGAGAUCUGCCUAUAAAGGGUCCUUUGAUGACUUGGUCAAGGCUUAUGUCCUCGGAGUCUGACCAUUUGCCUCUUCAUAUCGAAAUUUUGGAUAAGCCUUGGGUUGGGAUACAUUACAACCAUAGAUUUCGUUUUGAGCGUAUGUGGUUAACUCAUGAUGGAGUCCAAACAAUCAUUAAUGGCAGUUGGAAUGUUCAGCAGGAGAUGUCUAUACAACAACGCAUUGCUAGUUGUGCCCAAUCCUUGCAGCAUUGGGACAAGACGGUGUUUGGUAAUGUGCGUUAUUCGAUCAGGAAGAAGAAAAGGGAUCUGGAAAGAUACUAUAAGGAAGCACAAAGGAAUGGUUUAUCUGGGCCUUUAAAUGAUUGUUUGAAUGAUAUUCAUGAACUUUAUGAUCGAGAGGAAUCAAUGUGGCGGCAGAGAUCAAAGGUAUCCUGGCUUCGAGAGGGUGAUAGGAAUUCGAGAUUUUUCCAUUCCAUCGUCAACUCGAGAAAGAAUCAGACUACUAUAUCAUCGAUUCAGGAUGCGAAUGGAGAGUGGCAAACGGAUUUGGCUUCUAUGGAGCAUGUAGUAUGUUCGUAUUUCAAGGAUAUUUUUACCUCCAGCAAACCAUUGCAUUCGGAUGUUGAGCAAGUGCUUGGAGUUGUUGAGAGACGAGUUACAGCUGAUAUGAAUGCUCAAUUGGUUCGUGAGUUUACAAUGGAGGAGAUUCGAGUAGCUACUUUUGACAUGGGAGCGGAUAAAUCACCCGGACCAGAUGGUAUGCCUCCAUUAUUCUAUCAGAAGUACUGGCAUGUUGUCGGGGCAAAAGUAAGUGAGAUGGCAUUGGCAUUUUUGAAUUCAGGAGUCUCUUUGCCCGAUGUUAAUCAGACAGAUGUGGUACUUCUUCCGAAAAUAGAUCAUCCUAGCUCGGUUAGGGACUAUCGUCCUAUUAGCCUAUGCAAUGUUAUUUUUAAGAUUGUGUCAAAAACUCUGGCUAACCGACUUCGUGAAGUGUUGCCGUUCAUUAUCGAUCCUAACCAAAGUGCAUUUGUGCCGGGGAGAAUGAUCUUCGAUAGUUCAAUCAUUGCUUUCGAAUCAAUUCAUUAUAUGAAGAAUAAAAGGAGUGGUGGAGAGAAGCAUAUGGCGCUUAAGUUAGAUCUAAGUAAAGCAUAUGAUCGAGUUGAAUGGGUUUUUCUUGAACGGAUUAUGGCUCGAUUAGGAUUUUCUAAUCGAUGGGUUUCUCUGGUUAUGGAGUGUCUAAGAACUGUUACGUAUUCCAUUCUUGUUAAUGGUAGGCGAACAGAAUCUUUUGUACCCUCGAGAGGAAUCCGACAGGGGGAUCCAUUAUCUCCAUAUCUCUUUCUGUUUUGCAUGGAAGGCUUGUCUUGUUUAUUGCAACGAGCAGAGUUGAAUGAUAGAAUCCAUGGAGUAGCAGUGAGCAGGUAUGCUCCACGCAUUUCGCAUUUAUUUUUUGCAGACGAUAGUCUUCUCUUUUUACGUGCGAGUUCGGAAGAGUGUGAUGUGGUGCUGGAUUUAUUGCGCCAGUUUGAGUUAGCAUCUGGACAGCAGGUAAAUAUAGAUAAAUCAGCGGUGAUGUUUAGUUGUAACACGCCAGGUGAUUUACAGGAGAUUAUUAUGCAUCAUUUGGGGAUUCAAAAAGUAUUAGAUCGAGACCGAUACUUGGGUUUACCAAUUAUGAUUGGAAGAUCCAAAAGUGUGGAGUUUCAUCUUAUAAAGGAUAGAUUAUGGAAGCAGCUUCGGAGCUGGAGUGGCAAGUUGUUGUCUAUUGCAGGUAAGGCGGUAAUGAUACAGUCCAUAGCCCAGGCGAUUCCGACGUAUUUGAGGAGCUGUUUUCGGUUUCCGAAAACUUUUCUUUAUGAGCUAAAUAUGCUUAUUGCUAAAUUCUGGUGGGGGAGUACGGAUUCUAGAAACAAGAUUCAUUGGAAGGCUUGGGAUUCUUUAUGCACUUCAAAAUUGGAUGGAGGUUUGGGAUUCCGGGAUUUUGAAUCUUUUAAUAUGGCUUUACUUGCGAAGCAGUGUUGGCGUCUUAUUCAGGAUGGUAAUUCGCUUUGUUUUCAGGUUCUGAAAGCGAAGUAUUUUUAUCGAAGUUCUUUUAUGCAGGCUACUUUGGGGCAUAAUCCAUCUUUUGUCUGGAGAAGUCUGUUAGCUGGUAGAGAAGUUAUCAGAUCCGGAUCCAGAUGGAGGAUUGGAAAUGGCCAAACUGUGGAUAUUUGGAGGGAUAGAUGGUUGGCAAAACCGUCGUCUUACCAACCAGCGCCUCGUCCUGGGAUAGUUUUGCAGAAUAAUCCUGUCUCAUCCCUAUUUAAUAAUGAUGGGUAUUGGGAUGAGGAUUUAUUAUCUGAGUUGUUUGAGGAUGAGGAUGUGUAUAGAAUUUUAUGUAUACCACUGCAUUUUUCUUCUACGGACAGGUUGAUUUGGAACCAUUCGGUAGAUGGUCAUUAUACGGUCCGGAGUGGUUACCAUGUUGUGCGAAGGAUUUUAGGUAAAGAAGUUGCAGAGGUGGGAGCAAGGUCAGUAAUGUGGCGGUUAAUCUGGGGUGCUAAUGUGGUUCCAAAAGUGAAGUUUUUUUAUGUGGCGUAUUAUUCAUGGGAGGACUUUUGGGAUUGUUUGUUGUCUAAAGCAAGUCAGCUGGGAUCUUUGGAUGUUGUGUGUAUGGUUUUGUGGAUGAUUUGGUCAAAUCGGAAUAAAGCACUGUAUGAGCAAGUUUGUAAGCUUCCUCAGUCACUUUGUUUAGCGGUAAACAGGUUUAUGUUCGACUUUGAUGCGUCUAAUAGGCGAGCAAUUGGGAGGCCAAUUCAAGAGCAGCGGGUAUGGCAGCCACCAGCUAAUGGACUAGUCAAGAUUAAUGCGGAUGCAGCAUUUUACCAAGCGGAUGGUCUAGCGGUAUUAGUCGCAGUGAUUCGAGACUAUACAGGACGAGUUCUGCUAUCUGGUACAACAAAGAUUGAUAGGGUCACAAGUGUCCUCUUUGCGGAAGUAUACGCGAUUCGUUUUGGUUUGGUUUUGGCUUAUUCUUUUGGUUAUACAAGUUGUGAGGAUGGUUCUGUUGCCAAAAUUGGAGUAAAGAUUCUUUGGAAGCCUUCAAAAUGCCCAAAAUGCAAAGUUUUUGGGCACCAAGAUUGUUUUAAAAAAGUUGAGGUGCAUAUGAUGGAGAAACAAUGGAUUCCUGAAGUUGUUGAGCCUGUCAGAGAGAAGACUCCCCCUCCCAUAGACUGUCUUGUUUUGCCUUUGGAGCAACCAGAUUUGCAUUCUAUGGAUAGUUUUCCUCCAUUAUCAGUUGAGAAAGCCAUGUCAUUUGAGGUAGCCAUUGCAGAACAAGCUAAAACUAUUGAAAAGGGAAAGAUGGUUGCGAAUUCUCAUCAUGAUCAAAGGCUUCAAAUAAGCGUUUCACGGUAUGCAGAGAUACUUGACGACUUGAAGAAGGACCUUAAAAGCCAUGGUGGAUCUGCUGAUUGUAUAUAUGUGGGAAAGGAUGAAGCUGAUGUUGCCCACUUGCUGCGACAUAGAGGAUUUAAAUCUUUCAGCAAGAAGUUUGAUGCUAGUGGUUAUCACCAUUUAAUGAGGAAGAUCGAAUCUCACAGUUCCGUGGAGGAUGCAUCGGAACAAGCGCUUCAUUCUCAAUUUGAAGAACUCCAUAAGAAAGCUGAAGAUUUGGCAAGGACCACCCCUUCCUUCACGAGGCGCCUUUUAUCAAAGGGCAAAACCCCUUCUCAAAGGGGACAAUACCUCAUAAAGGACACAUUCUCCGACCCACGACUCAACAUCGGUGCUUUUGUUGAGAGAAGGAUUCAAGACCUUGGAAGAACCCUCUCAAAAAAACAGUCCCAACCCUUAAUUAAAAGGCGGAUUCAUGUUAAGGAGUGGAAAGAAUCCCACAUUGUUGAGUCCAGGGUUGGAAAUCAUAUAUCUAUAAUUUACUUUUUUGUGGUUUUAAGUUAA